AUGGCUCCUCACGCUAGCUCGGACGCCAACGCCCUAAACGGGUCGGUUCGCCAAGAAUCCUCGCCUCUCUUCACCGUCCAGUCUCCCAAUGUGGAGUAUACCGCCGACGAGAUCAAGAGUCGCUAUGCCUAUCAAACUACCGAAGUCACCCGCACUGCGGACAACAAACUGGUUGCUACCCCCAAGGCUUCCAACUACCACUUCAAGGUCGACCGCAAGGUCGGCAAGGUUGGUAUGAUGCUCGUCGGCUGGGGUGGAAACAAUGGUUCCACUGUCACUGCCGGUAUCCUCGCCAACCGCCGCAACCUCACCUGGGACACCCGGGAAGGUCAGCAAAAGGCCAACUACUACGGUUCGAUUGUCAUGAGCUCCACUGUCAAGUUGGGCACGGAUGCCAAGACCGCCGAGGAGAUCAACAUCCCCUUCCGUGACAUGCUUCCGAUGGCUCACCCCAACGAUCUGGCCAUUGGUGGUUGGGACAUCAGCGGGAUGGACCUGGCAGCCUCUAUGGACCGUGCCCAGGUUCUCGAGCCCACUCUCAAGUCUCUGGUUCGCAAGGAGAUGGCUGAGAUGAAGCCCCUGCCCAGUAUCUACUACCCUGAUUUCAUUGCCGCCAACCAGGAAGGUCGUGCCGACAAUGUCCUUGAGGGUAGCAAGGCCUGCUGGGAACACGUCGAGAAGAUCCAGAAGGAUAUCCGUGAUUUCAAGGCUCAAAACGGUCUGGACAAGGUGAUCGUCAUGUGGACUGCCAACACUGAGCGGUACGCCGACGUCGUUCCCGGCGUCAACGACACCGCUGAGAACCUUCUCAACUCGAUCAAGAGCGGUCACGCCGAGGUGUCUCCCUCCACCGUCUUCGCAGUGGCUUCCAUCCUGGACAAUGUUCCCUUCAUCAACGGAUCUCCCCAGAACACCUUCGUUCCCGGUGCUCUCCAGUUGGCUGAGCAGCGCAAUGCUUUCAUCGGCGGUGAUGACUUCAAGUCCGGUCAGACCAAGAUGAAGUCUGCUCUGGUUGACUUCCUGAUCAACGCUGGUAUCAAGGUCACCUCCAUUGCCAGCUACAACCACCUGGGCAACAACGACGGCAAGAACCUGAGCUCGCAGAAGCAGUUCCGCUCCAAGGAGAUCUCCAAGUCCAACGUCGUUGACGACAUGGUUGCUGCCAACAGCAUCCUUUACGAGAAGGACGAGCACCCUGACCACACCGUCGUCAUCAAGUACAUGCCGGCCGUUGGUGACAACAAGCGUGCUCUGGACGAGUACUACGCUGAGAUCUUCAUGGGUGGCCAUCAGACCAUCAGUCUGUUCAACAUCUGCGAGGACUCUCUCCUGGCAUCUCCCCUGAUCAUCGAUCUGGUCGUGCUCGCCGAGAUGAUGACUCGUGUUAGCUGGAAGGAGGACACCGAGGGUGCCGAGUACAAGGGCUUCCACAGCGUGCUGAGCGUGCUCAGCUACAUGCUCAAGGCCCCCCUGACUCCCCCGGGUACCCCCGUAGUCAACGCUCUGGGUAAGCAGCGUUCCGCUCUGAUCAACAUCUUCCGCGCUUGCGUUGGUCUCCAGCCCGAGUCGGAGAUGACUCUCGAGCACAAGCUGCUGUAA